GCAGAGAGUUUGAGAAGAUUCUCCUCGAAUUCACAGUCCAGUGUGCAAAGGUUUAUGACUGGGUGGAAAAGCCCUCAGCAAAAGCCUUGUUCGCAAUCAUGCGCAACAAAGCAAAGCUGUCCGCUCAGAACACUUUGGCUGGAUCAAUCUUGGAGAGAGAAGCGCUCACUAUAGAGACUGAUAUGAAGAAGGAGCUCAAGAACAAUGUAGGUUUUUGCUUUGUACGUUGUUGAUGUGACGAGGAAUAGAGAAACUGACGACCUUCUUGCCACAAAAAUCCUCUAGGCCGCAAUAGAGUUGCAGGAGAAGUUUGGCGCAAAGGUGAUUGGCUGCGUGUCCAACGCUGCAGCUACAUGUCAAAAAGCUCGCAGGAUCGCAGCAGCUCAAAUGCCAGGGCUAAUUGUCAUGGACUGCGUAGUCCACCAAAUUCACUUGAUGGUGGGUGAUUACCUGAAGUCCAAUAACCGCUACCCGGAAGUCAUGAAGCAGGCGCUGCAGGUGCUUGUCUGGUUCACCAGUCACACUGUGCCGAGUGCCUGGCUUCAAGAGAAGCUUGUAGCGGUGGAGAGCAAGACAAUGGCGCUGAUUAUUCCGGCCAUCACGUGGUGGGGGUCCCACGUGGAGAGCAUUUCAAGACUGCUGCAGGUCAGACAUUAAUAAAGCAAGUGGCAAUUCAAUGGUUGGAGUCAUUGAGCUUGCCAACC